ACUUUGAUUAUAAACACAACAUUGAUGAUGACUCUUUUGUUCCAAAACAAUAAUCAUACCAACAGUAAAACGAGAGAACAACGCGUUGAAGCCUUUGCCCAAACUUUGAACAACGCUUUCCAACAGUUUCAAAAACUAUGGAAUGACUAUAAAGAAUUGUUGGAUAACAGUAAGAAAGCUGAAGAGGGAAAAUCAACUUCACGUAUACCACAAAAUGAGCCCCAAGUUGGGAACACUAAAUGUCGUUGCCAAGCAACAGCCACGAGGGACACUAAGAUUCCAACAAAGGAAACUGUCGCUCUUCCAACAGAGAGAAAAGCUCACUGCGAUCCUGUACCUCUUGCUAUAAAUGAAAAUCAAAAAUCAAAUCCUAUACCAGACUACAUGCAAGAGUUCCAAAUAUUCUCACAAGAUUUUUGUACCCAAGGUUUAGAGGAAAGUUUUAUAAAUCGAACUACAUCACCUGUGCUUCAAGAUAUUCAAAAUGUCACUCCCAAAAGAUCAAAGAGCCCCAUUUUCGGCUCGAAAAAAACAAAAUCUCGAAUAUCAUCCCCCGUAGUUAGCUCUCCAAGUGUUAGCGAAAAAUCUGUGAUCAUAUUGAAUGAUUUCAGCAAUGACACAGGUUCAAAAAGUAACGAUCUGUGCUCUCCAAAGACUCCUUUGCAUUCCGGCACAAAUGCACACGCAACAAAUCCUAUCUCUUCAAAUCUUAAAGAGAUAUCGUCAGCCUCACAGUUAUGUACACCAAAAACAGUUAAGAAAUUGGGUAUCCAAACAAUCCAUAAUGUAAAUACUGAUAUAAUACCUGGUACGAAGAGAAAAUUGAAACAAAGCAAGCUCUUCACCAAGACUGAGCAAGUCACAGACUUAAGUAUUUGCGACGACGUCUUUAAUGGUAAAACAAAUGAACGUCAAAUAAAUAAAACAUGUGAUAAUUUAACAAGUACAAAUUAUUCAGAGGCGAAUAAUAGUUCCUGUGAAGAUAGUCUGAUACAAGUGAGCCCAACGCAAACGAAAAGAUUGUCAAAACUACGACAAAAAAUUUAUGAAAAAAAUAACAGUGCCGGAUCACUGCAUCAAAAAUUAUGUACAGAGAAAGCAAAAGUAAGGAAUACGCAAUACCUGGAAGCGUCUGGAGAUAUAAACGUAAAUAAUGAUGUUGAACAGACGGAUACUGACUUGACAGUAUUCGAACCAAAAGCAGCUUCAACUCAAUAUAUUUCUUCACCGUCUCGGUGUAAACUACCGAAGAAUAAGAAAUCACCGACUAUGAGCAAAAUUGGCUUAGGAAUGAGAGCUGAUAUUCAGGAGAAGAUGCAAUCCAUAUCCCAAGAGCAUGAAACGAACGACGAAACUCUGUUCAUAGAAGCUCCUGUUCCGAAGCCAAAGAAUAUCGUCUUUGGUAAAAGUGCCAACACAAUAAAAUUAUCUUUAAACAAAAGGACUUCAUCUUUUGUGCGUCCAAAUACACUAUCCAGCAAUGCAACGAACGCAACCACAAGUGACAAAGAAAUGUCCGAAUUGGAACUCGAUAUAUUGACAAACAAUUCCAAUGCCUUAACGGAAAAAUCACCACCACGGAAGAAGUUGGCUGCGAAUAAUUUUGAUGUAGUACCAAGGAAGCUAAAAACGAGUCCCACAUAUGCUUACAAAAGAAGUCCUGUACGCAAAAAGGCUGAAAGAGCGCGACUAAAUGGAUGGGAUUGUUUACAAUGUCAAGAGUAUUAUAAAGCCACUGGACUUACUGGUGAAGAACUACAGAUGCGUAAAAAUCAAUGCUCUCGUCACAGAUCUACGCACAAUGAGAGAAACUCUACUCAAAAAGAUUACUGGAAUCCUGACUUUACAAGUUCAUAUCACUCAACAGUAUGGGGUGACGAUUGAAUAUGCUGUGGUGUAAAAAUUCGACCCACUUAUUGUCAGAGUAUUUUUUUAAAUAUGAUUUUCUUAAUAAACUUUUGCAUUUUAUUGUUCGAUGGCAGAACUGUCCUGAACAAAGAUAUUAGAUACUCUGUAAGGUUCAGUCAUAUUCGCAGAAUUAUUUUCUCAGGGAAAUAAAUAACAAUUUAACAACCUUUUGAACAUAGAUUGAUUUAUUCAUUUACAACAUAUAUUAUUAUAUUCUCAAAUAACAUAGCAUAGAUUUAUAUAACUAUAUUAUUUAUAUAGAUACAUCAUUUAUCAUUUUACACAAAAAUAUAGAAUCUGUAGGUUGUCGCUAAAAGAGGCUAAUCAAACGCAACUUGUAGUUAAGCAAGGUUUGCGAUUUGGUUUAAGGUACAUCAUUGAUAUUGAUCUGGACUUGUUUAUCGGUUUGACCUUUGUUGAAAGCUUUGUUACGAUUUCAAUACCAAAUAAUACGGUUUGGAUUUAAUUCAAAUUAAAAGGAAAGGUGAAUUGACGUUCAGGUAACUAAGCAUCGAAAUUAAGUAAUUGAGCGUUUUAAAUGUUCGUAAUAAUGUCAGAAAAUCGGUAAGAACACCGAUAGCAGCUGUUAGAAGGG